AUGAAGAAGGUCAAUUUUGUGUCUGCUGAAGAGAUGGAACCUGUUCAAGAAGGGGAGGAUACACAAUAUGCUGAAGUUUGUUACAUGAGCAAUGGGCAAGGAGGUUACAACAAAGGAUAUUACAACUACAAAGCCAACCCAGCCAUGUCUUACAGAAACACUAAUUUGCCAACCCUCAAGAUCAGGUUUACCCUCAACAACAGCAAGCUCGAUCGAGUCAAGCUCCUCCACAAGGGUAUGGCAGAAAAACAACUACCAAGGCCCUCAAGGCCUUUUCCUGGACAGCAAAUGCACAUACCACCUGGAUUUCCCCACCAACCACCCCAGCCUGCGCCUAACCAAGAGCAUGAGCUCAAGGCUAUGUUGAAACAAUUGCUCCAAGGUCAAGCUGAGGAGCAUGGAAGGACUUGGUGCAUGGACGCAGCUCAACUGGAUACGCAAAGGAAGAAGGAGGAAGCCAUCUUGAAGACCAGCUCGACCAUCUACUCGACCAACCGGUCGAGUUCCUCAACUCGACCGGCCAAGCUUCAACUCGAUCGAGCUGAGAAGUCAAAGUCAAACCCGAAAAAUGUUGCUUCCCCCUUGACUUUCCUUUGA